CAACUUGUACUUGUCAUUCAUGGGUAAAUAAAUAUAAGAGAGAGAGAGUGAGUGAGAGUAGUAGUAGUAGUGAGAGUGAGAGUGAAAGUGAGAGCUGUAGAUAAAUAGACAGACAGUCACUAAAUGUUCCAUUCCUUAUCAUAAUUAUAGUAUUGGUCAGCAAAUGUCUGAACGUCUUACAGGACAGAAUUUUGUACAUGGUAAAAUAAUGUCAUCAUUCAUGAACUUGUUUAUAAUUAGAUAAUUAAUACUCUAUAUAUGAUUUUAAAGACGUUAAUAUAUUAAGAAAAACAAUCAAGUCAGCAUGGCCUUCUUCUAUUUCUACAAAGGAAAAUAUAAAAAAUGGAAUACAAGUUUUACCUAUCGUUUGGCGUAAAAAUAUAUUAUUUGGCGUGGAAGAAGAAGAAAUAAAUAAAGAGAGUGAAUCUGAUAUUGGUGUUAUGUUGGAUGAUAUAAUAGAUGAAGGAGGAUGUCCUACUUUAGAAGAAAUUACUCUAGAUGGUGCUCCUAACAUUCGUAAUCUAGUGGCUGAUGUGUUUCUUGACAUCCCUUUAUACAUGACAAGCAAGUAUCAUGAUCUUAUGAUUCAAGUGGUUACAAAAGAAAUCAAUCGUGUCUAUAAUACAUUUAUUCAAAGAAAUCCUAAUUUUAUAAAGAACAAUGGUCAAGUCUCUAUUUUAGCUCAUUCAUUAGGGUCUUUACUGGGAUUUGAUAUUCUUUGUGCUCAGCCUUUUAAUCUGAAUACAAUAACUACAUCUUGUUCAUUAGACUUUCCUGUGAAAAACUUUUUUGCAAUAGGAUCACCACUGGGUAUGAUACUGCUUUUGAGAGGCAAUAAAAUCAUUUCUCGACACACGACCCAUAAACCUGAAAAUGAUAAAAAGUCUCUUACCUUUGUUUAUCCAGCCGCUGAUAAUAUCUAUAAUAUCUUUCAUAAAUCGGAUCCUGUGGCCUAUCGUCUUGAACCACUCAUUGUUCGUCACUAUGGUGCUCAAUUGAAACCAGUGCCCAUUCCUUAUAUCAAAGGUGGGCUAAAACGGGUUCUAAAUGCUGGAAAUGAAUUAGCCAAUAAGGCAGGUGCCGUGCUUGAAUCUAUCAGGUUAGAUCUUUUUCAAAAGUCUGCCAUGUUAAUGAGAGGAUUAUCAUUAGGUGGUGGUGGUGGUAAACAAGAAGUCAAUGAAAGUAGUAGGAUGUUGUUGUUGGAUGAAAGAAGAUCAUUAACAGAUCCUAAUAUGAUAAAAGCACGUAGCUUGGCUAAAGGUGCUGCUCAAUUAAAAACAUUGAAUUCGACGGGACGUGUAGAUUAUUAUCUACAGGAAGGCAUCUUGGAAAAUGCGUAUCUGAGUGCGCUAUCAGUACAUAUGUCCUAUUGGCAGGUAAUAAAUUUAUUUACCUGUGAUUAAUUUACUUGUUCAUUUAUUUAUUUAUUUAUUUAAAAAAAAAGGAUAUUGAUGUUGCAGGUUUUCUUAUUAGAGAAAUAUAUAGAUAUCAAUA